AGAGAUGGAGCUAUAAAUAUUAAUACACAUCCGAAAAGGUCAGUAAAUUUGAAUUAGAAACAAAGAUUAUCGAAGUUUCGACGGCUGCGGGGGAUCCUCGAUCGCGGGUCCAUGGGGCAAAAGGGUCUACGACCCGACAGUCGGCGCCGAUACAGAGAGCCCUAGCAACGCCUAAUCGAAAAUGAUGAUGGCUUGGCGUUUCUCUCUUUCUCGCAUUCAAGUUUUUAGCAAAUAUUGAAAAAGAGGUACAGCCCCCUUGCCUUAAACAUCCCUGUUAAAAACUGCCUGUUAGUUGAUCGUCAUUGGAGCCCCUGAACUGAUCGUCUUUUUCUUUCUUUCUGGCUCCUCUAGGUUAGUCCAAGAUGGGUGAGGUUAGUAAACAAGUGAGGGUUGAUAACUGGGGCAUAUACUUCCUGUCCCGGCUGCAAGUGUUCUUCAACAAAACAGACUACUGUGAUCUGACACUCCAAUUUGAGGGUAAUGUGCAGCUUAAAGUGCAUCGAUUAGUGAUGAACGCCUGCACUGAGUAUUUCCAAGUGCUUGAACAGACCUGUGAAGUAAACGAGGAUGUGCUGCUGAUGCCCUCAGACCUGCAGGCAGAUGUGAUCCUGCCAAUAGUCAAUUUCAUCUACACCGGCAUGCUAGAAUAUGAACUUAUCCUAUACGAAAAGCUGUACAAAACUGCCGAACUGAUGAAUAUCACAGUGCUGCUCAAGCUGCUGGAUGCCCAGAAGCAACCUACACUGCCCGGAUCCAAAGCAGUGAUAUCAAAAGUGCCCCCAGUGUAUAAUUUGCAAGGUAAGAAAAUCACACCGAAAACGCAGGAGAAGAGUUUACCUCCAACACUGCCAGGCAGAAAACUGCCGGUGUGGAAGAGGAAAACCAUACCCAGCCAAAGUACGGUCACGAAACCCACGUCGAGUUUCAUACCGAGCGAAACGAAACGCAUAUCCACAAUAGAACCAAUAAACAGUUUCGAUAAUGCGCCUAAACCGACGAGAUUCGAGUGGCCCGAGGAGGAUUUCCAGAAUUUCAACUUAUUGGAUACGGCCUUCGAUUCGAUCUCGUACAACAGCAAACCGUUGCUCACGCAGGAGGACGAGAUGAAGGCGAGCACUUCUUUCUCGAAGGAGGAGUAUUCCGCUGUGAAUCUGGACGAGCUGAAGAAUUACGUGAAGGAGCAAAAGAUCAGAAACGAUAUAGAGUACGAAGAAUACGUGGACAACGAUUUGGAUCCGGAUUACGUGCCCGAGGUACCGGUGAAACGUAAGAAGGAAAACGCGGCGGGACAGCCGGCAGUCAAGAAAGUAAGAUUUAACGUUAACGAGAAAGAGAAUAAAGAGACGAAAAUUAAUAUAACGCCAACAGGGAAGGGCGACGUGGAUCACUCUAAGAUAAUAUCGGAGGUCCUCAAGAAGUAUCCGCAUCUGAUGAAGAAAAAUAAAAACAUACGACUGAAGAUACUGCCCCAAGGCAAAUCGUCCGAAACUAUGGUGAAGUCGUCCCAACCUAAGCUCAGAGUGCAGAUGAAAGCACCGAAAGUAACAGUGGCGAUCUCCUCUCCGCCGACGACUGUACCGACCACAAGCAGCAUCAGUAGUAGCAGCAGCAGCAGCAUCAGCAAACAGAAUGCCGAGCACAAGGAGGAUGGCCCGUGGAUAUGCACUAAAUGCUCGAUGGAGGGAGCCGAGCAAGUGGAGUUCGUGCUGUACUAUCUGUACAGGAAGCACAUGACCGACGUUCACCACGAGAAAUUCGACUCGAAAAUGUGCAAGUACUGCGGCCAUCAAUUCGUCAAGCAGAACCUACUCAUGUAUCAUCAGUUAACGAAACACUCGGUAAAACCGCCUGCAGGAUACGAGUUCCCCAAAUGCCAGCAGUGUCCGUACACCGCGCUGUCCGACGCUCACCUGGAAAAGCAUAAAUUGAUACAUACGAAUUACGAGUUUCAAUGCAAGGUGUGCAAAGUUUGCUUCAACAGCGACACAUCUCUCAAACAGCACACGCAGAUCACCGGCCAUUCGGCGAUGGCUGGACGUCUGAACUACGACUGUCAGUACUGCACGAAGAAUUUCCAGACGGCCGGACAUCUGUUCAUCCACUUGAGGUCGGCCCAUCGUGAAGAGGCAGAACGAGACGGCAUCGUCAGUCUGGACGACGACGAGGACUUUACGGAAGAAGUGCCGUCCAAUAAUAAAACAGUGAAAGUAUUAGAUAACAUCAAACUGAAGGGUAACAACGCUCCGGCGGACGAUCAGAAUUUCCUGAAGAACACCGGCAUCGCGACCAACUUGGGUUUGGUGGACAUCGUGGUCUUGGAUGAUAACCAGCAGUACAUAUUGCAUCCGAACAGCCAGCAGAUAGUCACGCAGCAGUCGCUCGGCAACAACCAGGAAUUCAUGCUGCCCGAUCUGCAAGACACUUACGUCCAGAACCCGAGCCUCAACCACCAGGUGAUAACCACAUCGCAGCAUAACGUGAUUACACAGUCGAUGCUGAACAACACCGACAUCGCCUCCACCGAUGAACUCGUGAUGGUCCUCACCGAUCACGACUACAACGACGGCAACAACGAGAUCCUGUCGAACGACAAUUCGAACAUCGUUGUCCUGUACAGUCAUCCGGUGGAGGGACAGAACAACCAGUUCAUCACAUCGCAGAGCAACAUCAUGCUGAACUCGGAGACGGGCAUGUUGGAGAUCAGCAAUUUGCCUACGAACGCCACAGCCGAAUCGUUGGAUAACCAGAACACGGUGGAGUCGAUAGAGAUGAUCCAGAGGGAAAUCGAGAGUCACAACAAUCAGGAGCAGCAGCUAAAGGCGAUCGAGAACAGCAAGCAGGCAGCUGUGCAGCAGCAGAUCGUAGAGACAGCGACGGCGAUGGAGGUGGUCGAAGAAACGCCCACGCAAGAAUUGAUUAAAAAUAUCGAGGAGUCACAGCUGGAAGAACAACAGCAGCAGCAGCAGGAACAGCAGGAGCAAAUUACUACGGAGCAGGUAGCCGAAGUACUCGUUGCAAAAGAACCAGAAAGUAAAUUACAGGAGGAAAUAGUGUCACAGGUGGACGAGAUCAUCGCGGAAAGCGAGAAUCCCGAAAGUAGCGAGAAAUCAGUAGAAAAUCAGUCGCAAGACAAUGAAGAGGACGAUAAGCCCAAGCAGAUUGUUGAGCUCGUCGAGGAAAUCGUAGAAGAAGAGGAUGUGGGUAAGAUUAAGCAAUUGGAGGAGAUGGAAGUAGAGGAGAACAAGGCGGAGGAGGACCAGCCUCUGACUGAUGAAAUCGAGGCGAUGGAGGUGGAUGGAAAUGAGGGGAAUGCAGUGAAGGAGGAACCCGUCGAAUCGAUCAACGAACCGUCGACGCCAGAAACGACGGACACGAAAGUCGAAGAUGACGAUGUUAAAAAUGAUUCUGAAUUAAAGGACGAGGAAGAAAGUUCGGUUCUGGUGGAGGAGAGUAAUUCGACGACGGAGGUUUCGACUGCGACGGAAGUCUCCAACGAGGAGGCGGACGCUCUAUCGCAGGACGAGGAUUCGCAGAAGGCGGUCGAUGAGGACGAGACGAAGCUGCAGGAGAACCAGAGUCAGGCCGCGAAGAUGUCCAUACUGGACGACUGGGAGGACACCGAUUCUCAGCAGUCCGAGCAUGGUAAAUCACAAAGCACAGUUAACAAAUUGAUUAACGAUUGGGAUGACUAAUUAAGUUCUAUCUUACAUUUUACAAUUA